CUGUUAAGACUUUCUCCUCUUCUUGAUCAAGAAAAAGGCUUUGAAGAUGAAGAUAAAAGCUCUAAGCCGGCCGGCUUCCUCUCAUAUGGAGCCCGGAGCCACAACUUCGCGAGUUCCACGAAAUCUUGAUCCUGCAUUGCAUCCGUUCGAAAGAGGCAGAGAGUAUACGAAAGCCCUUACUGCGACGAAAAUGGAGCGCAUGUUUGCCGCUCCCUUCUUAGCAUCACUUGGAACCGGGCACGUUGAUGGUGUCUAUUGUUUUGCCAAAGAUCCUGAAAGCCUUGAUCAUUUUGCAUCUGGUAGUGGAGAUGGUGUCGUCAAAGUCUGGGAUCUGGCGAGCCGAGAUGAGAUCUGGCAAAGCCAAGCUCACGAGAACAUGGUCAAGGGCAUGUGCUGGACUCGAGACAAGCGGCUCUUGACCUGCGGAACCGAUAAGACGGUGAAACUCUUUGAACCCUACAAUUCAGGCAGUUCUCCUACGGCGACUUGGCUUGGUCAAAGUGGCUUCACGGGAAUCUCUCAUCAUCGCUCUCUUCCCUCUUUCGCAGUCUCCAGCACCUCGAUAUCCAUAUACGACGUAAAUCGUUCAUCCGAGAAGCCAACCCAAACCCUAGCAUGGCCCACAACUGUCGACACAAUCAGAGCAAUCGCAUUCAAUCAGACUGAGACUUCGAUCCUUGCUUCAUGCGCAACCGAUCGUGCUGUCGUAUUAUACGACCUACGGACCUCUUCGCCACUUCAUCGCACAGUGCUCACGCUCGCAUCAAAUUCAAUCAGCUGGAAUCCUCAUGAAGCCAUGAACUUUGCGGUGGCAAGCGAAGACCACAACACUUACCUAUUUGACAUGCGCAACAUGAAGCGCGCUUUAAAUGUUCUCAAAGGCCACGUCUCAGCCGUCAUGUCCGUCGAGUUCUCACCCACGGGCGAGGAACUCAUAACAGGGUCUUACGAUCGCACGCUCCGCUUAUGGACUCGCGCGGGCCACUCUCGUGAUGUGUAUCACACUAAGCGCAUGCAAAGAGUAUUCUCCGUAGCCUGGAGUCCUGACAACAACUAUGUCCUAUCGGGAAGCGACGACGGGAACGUCAGACUGUGGCGUUCACAGGCAUCAGCUCGGCAAGGUGUCAAGUCUUUUGCUGAAAGACAGAAGCUCGAGUAUGAUGAAGCUUUGAAGGAGAGGUACAAACAUAUGCCUGAGAUCAAGAGGAUAUCACGUCAUCGACAUCUCCCAAAGCAGGUGAAGAAGGCAGGCGAGAUCAAGAACGAGGAGUUGAAGGCGAUCAAGCGACGAGAAGAGAAUGAGCGGAGACACAGUAAGAAAGGGACAAUGAGGCGGAAGGCCGAGAGAGAGAAGAUGAUAUUAGCUGCUGAGCAGUAGUGUCUUCAUGUUCAAAUUGAUGCAUAGCGAUGGCGUUUUGGGAUAGGUUGCAUGGAACGGCGCAUGUCUUCGACUUGUAGAUACCAUCAAAAGCCUUUGUUAUUGAAUGAUUUCAUGAUCCUUUUGCUACUG